AAAAAAUUUAAGGCGGAACUUGUCCCGCGCCUACGUCAAGGGAGAAUCCCUAUCUCAAUAGCGAUAAGCCUGUCAACACGAUCACUCAUUUCGGCUCAAAGUCACCUAUCAAUCCGAUAGCUAUCCAACGAGACAAGCGUCUGCAUCGAUCCCUCCAAGGUCCGCUUGGUUGUCCACCUCGAGUGGCUUCAUUCUAGCUGCGGUCCUUGCACCACAGCACCAUGGCUGGCAAAUCACGCUGGGCAGACACAGAAGAAGAUGCCGCCCUCGAGGCAAAGCUGAAGCGGGAGAAGGAAGAAAAGAAGCGCGCCAAGGCUGAGAAAGCUCGCAAGGCAGCUGAAGAGGCAGAAGAAGAACAACGGCGCGCAGCAGCAGAAGCCCGACGGCAAGAAGCACUGCAAUCCCAGCAAGAAGCAGCCGAGCACGACGACGACAGGCCAGUAAAACGACGGAAACUCACACCCGAGCGCGACGAUGCAGCGAGCAAGGAGGACGGCGAGACGGCAAAACUCCUGCGCUUCGAAUCCGGCGUCUUUGCACCCGCGACGAGCGUCGAGAACUACGACAAGCUAAACGACAUCGAAGAGGGCGCCUACGGCUGGGUCGCCCGCGCAAAGGACCUGCGAACGAACCGCGUCGUGGCGCUGAAGCGCCUGAAGCUCGACGACUCGCCACAGAAUCGCAUCGGCCUACCCGAGACGGGGCUGCGCGAGAUCCAGAUCCUCAAGGACUGCUCGCACCGCAACAUUGUGGAUCUACAUGACGUGGUGGUCAACGACGGCGCUGCAGAUAGCAGGCCGGGCAAGAUCGAGUCUAUAUUCCUCGUUCUGGAGUUCGUCGAGCACGAUCUUAAGACUAUACUGGAGGACAUGCCGGAGCCAUUCCUGGCGUCAGAGGUCAAGACGCUCGUGCAGCAGCUCGCGGCGGGCGUGGGAUAUCUACAUGAGAACUGGAUACUACAUCGGGAUCUCAAGACGUCAAAUCUGCUGCUGAACAAUCGUGGACAGCUCAAGAUAGCAGAUUUCGGCAUGGCCCGGUACGUCGGCGAUCCACCCCCGCCAAAACUUACACAACUGGUCGUAACGCUGUGGUAUCGCGCGCCCGAGCUAUUGCUGGGCGCGAAGACAUACGACAACAAGGUCGACAUGUGGAGUAUAGGUUGCAUAUUCGGAGAGCUCCUCACGCGAGAACCAUUGUUGCAGGGCCGGAAUGAGGUCGACGAGCUGACCAAGAUCUUCGAGCUCUGUGGCAUUCCUACAGAGGAGUCGUGGCCGGGCUUCAGGCGACUCCCAAAUGCCAGAACUCUGCGGCUGCCCAAGAGUUCCGCAACGACCGGCUCGGUGAUACGCGCCAAGUUCCCCCUACUGACCGCGGCGGGCAGCGGUCUACUGAACAGUCUCUUGUCUCUAGACCCCGAACAGCGGCCUGGUGCGCGAGAGAUGCUGAAGCACGAGUAUUUCGUGCAGGACCCCAAGCCCAAGCACGAGGCUCUCUUCCCCACAUUCCCGUCAAAGGCAGGUCAAGAGAGGAGACGCAGAAGGGAGACCCCGAACGCACCGGGGCGCGGACAAAAGGCGGCAGAUCUGGGCACGAUGGAUCUCAGUGGCAUCUUCGCUGGAAGAGAAAAGGAAGAAAGGGGUGGUGGAUUCACCCUGCGACUGGUGUAAAAUAUACAAGUUACAUGGACUCAUGACAAUCAAGUAGCCUAGGUUAGAAGAAUCCCAACGUACGCCAUCGUCGUGCGACUUGUAAGA